UGUUGCUGUGAUGGUGCAUGAAGUCCUCACGCAUCAAACCACAUUCACGUUAUGUGCAAACCAACGAGACUUACUAAGGUAAAACAGAUUAAAAUAUCCAACCAGUAAACUAAUGAGAUGAAGGGUCAACGCUUUAGAAAGGUAAAAGGUCAUCACAAGUGUGUGACUAAAAAAGACAGGGGUUAGGAUCUGUGUACAUGCUAUUCCCAGAAGACGACGCAGAAACAAGUGGGAAGCAAAUAAAGCACAUAGAAGUGAACAAAUGCGAGGCCCGUAUUUCUGAAUGACCACCCCGCCAAAGAUGUUACAUGAGAGGAAGCAACGUAUCAGAAGCCUCAGCAUAACAGAGCGGCACAGAGCCUCAUUAUAGCACCCAGGCAACAAUUACAGCCCUGGUCUGUCUCCACUCUGCUCUUUUGCCUAUUUGUAUCUUUGGUUGAGACAACGCACCAAUUAAUUUGGGCACAUUUGAUGAGGGUCAGAGAGAUUGGACUGAGGGACAGGAUAAGCUUUCGCUGUGCACCUGACUGCUCGACUGAAGACGCAGACGAUUGUAAACAUCUAUUUGCGCUUGAAUAUGUGUGUAAUUUUGAGGCAAGAUGGGCCGAUGAAGAGUUAAUUUUGUGAAUCGACGCAGACGUACAAGACAACAUGUGAAGGUGGUGCCUUAGUGCAAGGUCUCCUGCCAUGAGCUAAGCCCCCCAGUGGCCUGUGGCAGGAUGACUGCUGUGUACCCAACUGGGGGGGGCUCUGUCGGGGUCUCAGCCGUGGCCACGGGCCCCCAGCGUUACUCACGAUGGAGCCGACAAGACAGUUCAGACAUCUGCACCGAUGAUGAGGGAACUCAACUGCGUCACCUUACCCCUCUUGAAAAGCUCAAUCUAGACAUGUGUCAAAAUGAGAAAAUGGUGCGAGAGCUCACCGUGGGCCGACGUAUCGGCUUUUACAAAAUACGCGGUGAGAUCGGCUGCGGAAACUUCUCCCAUGUCAAGUUAGGCAUCCACGCUCUGACGAAAGACAAAGUGGCCAUCAAAAUCUUGGACAAGACCAAGCUCGAUCAGAAAACCCAAAGGUUGCUCUCCCGGGAGAUCUCCAGCAUGGAAAAGCUGCACCAUCCGAAUAUCAUCCGUCUGUAUGAGGUGGUGGAAACGCUGACCCGUCUACACCUGGUCAUGGAGUAUGCAAGCGGAGGGGAGCUCUACACAAAAAUCAGCACAGAUGGAAAGCUCUCCGACAUCGACAGCAAGAUUGUCUUCUCUCAGGUUCUCUCAGCUGUAAAGCAUAUGCAUGACAACAACAUCAUCCACAGAGACCUGAAAGCAGAGAAUGUGUUUUAUACCUGUAGCACCUGUGUUAAAGUGGGCGACUUUGGCUUCAGCACCGUCAGCCGUCGUGAUGAGACCCUCAACACCUUCUGCGGUUCUCCUCCUUAUGCCGCCCCUGAGCUCUUUAGAGAUGAACACUACAUAGGUGUUUGCGUGGACAUCUGGGCUUUGGGGGUCAUGCUAUUUUUCAUGGUGACCGGCACCAUGCCCUUCCGUGCCGAAACAGUGGCCAAGCUGAAGCGCUAUAUUCUGGAUGGGGCGUACACAGUUCCUACCUGGGUACCAGAACCGUGUCAGAAGCUGAUCAGAGGAAUUCUACAGCCCCAGCCAUCUGACCGCUACAGUGUAGAACAGAUGAUGGGCUGCGAGUGGCUGUUACCGGUGGAGUUUUCCAAAGCGAUGGAGCCUUUUAAACUGGACCCACUCUAUUUGGUUGAGUCUGGGCCGAGGGAGCUAGAGGAGCAUGAAAUUGAAGUGAAAAAUGCUUUAGAGACCCUCGGCAUCACUGCGGACCACAUUCGUAACAAUCAGGGCAAAGACUGCAGGAGCUCCAUUACAGGAGUCUAUCGUAUUCUCUUACACCGGUCUCAUAAGCGGCAAGCAGUGGAGAGUAUGCCAGUAGUUACCCAUGUAGUGAAUGUAACCGAAGCUAAAAAGGAUCGCCUGAAAGCAUACAGAAGCCUUAGACAUACGUCCAAACUCUGCAUCAUUUUGUGAUGCUAAAAUCUGGGAUAUUUUGGUUUAUUUAUAAAUGAUGGGAAACUAUAUUUAAGGUAGUUAUGUUUGAUAUACCUCUUUUGUUAUAUUUUAUCAUUGAAAGUGAAUUCAUUAAAUGCCUCUAAUAUAUUGAGUUGAAACGUUGUGUGCGACUCCAGCUGGUCUGAAUGUUUGUAAGUGAACAAAGCAAGGCCUUUGUCCUACCUAAUGUCAUAAAUGUCAUGUCUUAUUCUUAAAUAUAAUAAAGCACAUGGGACUGCU